AUUCUCUCCGGAAACCGAAACUAAGAUCAAGUGGAGGUCAAGUCAUGGCCAGUCAUAUUGCGCCAGAACCUUUUCCGGGAGUGGAUGUACUAGGGCUUGCAGAUGCAGAUACAGACUGCAGUGUUAACUUUAGCGCAAUAAGCCAGCAGGCACGGAAAUAAUAGUGGCAAUAAUAGGCUCAUACUGUAUUCUAAUGUCAGUCGAGGUCCGAGUACCCAGAGCUCCGUACAUCCUGAUCAGGCAGGAUCGUAACAACCCUCCCAUAUCCAUUGAUCCGGUACGAAUUGCCAUGUAUUCAUCAUUGAGUGCAUCCCAUCCGUCCCACCUGAGCCAACAGGCUUUGCUAGAAAGGAACAACGAGCCGUGUACAGUAUCCCCGGUAUUUCGAAGCGCCUUUUUUAUACCCCGUGAACCAGGGAACAGUUCACUUCGGGUGGACGUAGUGGGUAUAGCUGAGCCAACCGGUGGUAUUUCCGGAAUACCCACAAAAGCCUUCGGCCGAAACUCAUGCUGGAUCCCAGAUUUUGGCCGAUCCAGAGCCGUGGUUGAGAUUCUUCAGCAGGGAUAUCUCACUAUUGCAGUAGGCGGGCAACUCCACAUAGAACAAUACAUUGUAGUGAACAGAGAUAGAAAGGCCAUUACUGUCUGAGGCAGUAAUCUUCAUUGGCUGGCAUUGCAUUCAGUGGAAGUUGUGGGGUACAGCGUUUGCAAUGCUUGAGAUGUUCUUGAAUGCGGUCGUUGAUUAUAGUCAACAGCGCCUUAGACCACUCGCCUUGCCAGUAGAAGUUAUGUAUCAAGAUCAAAUAUGACUCUCAACAUACUGAACAUCAGCGGUUAGUACUGUGAAUAUUACGUAUAUAUUUCAUA